AUAAUCAGCAGCAAAACAUGGCUUUAUGAUCUCUUCAUGGAUCAAGAGUGGCUGGAUACACUGCAUAUGGAGGUUGGCAUGUUUUACUUGGAGGUGAAAGGAUUCAACUACAAGCUCACACAAACAUACUCAACUGUGACACCUUUUUUCCUGGAAUGUCUUAAGAGGCAUCAAGAUGACAUUGACAAGAAAAUUAAAACCAAAGAAGAUGUUGGAAGCGUUUCAAACUUGACAGCUGAAGUGUUUGGUUUUGCAAGAAAGUGUGCUUUCCCAUGGGCCCGAUCAGAUUUUGUAUAUAUGCCACUGAAUAUUGGGGGGCAUUGGGUGCUGCUGGUGUUAGCGGUGGAGUCCAAAAUA